UGAAGUUACGAAUAAUAUUCAGUUUCAAGAGCAGUGCGAGGGUGCUCGUUCUCUAUCAGCGAAUGAAAUACAAAUCCAGAACCAGUCACAUUCGCGGAUUUCCAAUUUCCGCUUUACAGUAUCACUGAAUAAUACUGAGAAUAAGAUCUGAUGUUAAAUGUAGAUGCAUGAGUCAUAGACUGAUUAACUCACCGCCAGUAAUAAUCUGAAAGAGCCACAUAAUAGACAUUUCAUAGAAUACGUCAAUAUGGCUUGUACAGCAGAAUGUUGGUCUCGUGUACCCAGUGUUUUUUUCUUGGAAAUUUAUAGCGCUUGCGCACUGAGCCCACAUCUCCGCCUAAAAACACCUCUGAAGCCCUAGAAUUUGUUUAUUAAGCCCAUUUGGACUCUGUUGAAAUUGGAACCUAACUCGUCGAACCCUCAUUUGUUCUGAUGAGAAUAAGAUGACAGGUCCGUUAACAUUUAAGACAAAGGUUUGCAGGUGAUCUCUCAUUAGCAAAACAUCAGUGCAUUUGUACACAGAUAUCGAUUGAAUUUUUACACUUGCCUGAGACGUAAAGAGCAAAACCAGGCAACAUAUCCACGAUAUACUAAUUGCUAGAUUUUUCAGGAAACAUUUAAUAAACAAGGCUCUAAUUUACAGAUGAAACGUGAGACAACUGUUGUAAGCGGAGACAAGCAAUUUGAAACUUGAAAUAUCUUGUUUCUUAUAACGACUUUAUGAAAAUUGAAAUUAACUAUAACUGCUGGAUGUGUUAAGAAGGGGCGUGCAUGCUCAUUCAUCGCCGAUUUGAAACCGCGUUUGAUUAAAAAAUUUCCUGGAACGAAGCUUUUUAAACAUUUUCCGGCGAAUACUUCUUCAAUGGAGUUAUGAUCAAGUCGAAAACAUGCUCAGGAACAUGUUUCGAAUUCGUUGUUUUUAGCCUACGUCAGACAAUCCACUAGUCAACAGGAAUUAUUUAAAUCUAGAAAAUUUAAAAGCACCGUUAGGAUUGAAAACAUACGAGUUCAUGGGAAAUACUCACGGCUUUCGCGAGGUGCUGCUCUACCAGCCCACGAGUACGGAAUAUGAAAACUUAAGAUCAUGGCACGUUUCAAAUUGUGUGCUCAACGCUUUCCUAACCAUUACCGCUAUCGUCUUAAACGGCAUCACAAUCCAAGCGAUACGAAGAACUUCGUCAUUGCCACAACCCCUUAAAACAUUGCUUCUUAGUCUUGCUGUUUCCGAUCUUGGUGUUGGUUUACUUGGCGAACCUUUCUACGUUGGAAUACUCGUCAAAUGGUUGCAACGAAACAACACGACUGGUACUUUUUACACCGCGUUUCGCUUUACCUUGUAUUUAUUUUCUGCCGCUUCAUUUUUGGGAGUCAUGGCUCUGAGCGGGGACAGAUUCCUUGCUGUGCACCUCCAUCUCAGAUACCAGGAACUUGUGACUCACAAGCGAGUUGUUGCUGUGGUAAUCACAAUGUGGGUGUUCAGUGCAUUUUUUUCCUUACUUUACUUGUGGGUCUCCACGAAUAUUUCUCACAUAGUGUUUGCCAUCAGUGGAGUAGCUUGCCUCGUAGUCUCAGGGAUGCUUUAUUUCAAGAUUUAUUUUGCUGUACGGCGCCAUAGAAAUCAAAUUCAAGCCCUACAGGUACACCAAGUAGCACAGAUUGGCCAAAUAGCAAAUGCUGCUAAGCUGAGAAAAUCUGCAGUGGGUAUAUUUUACGUUUAUCUAGUGUUUUUGCUUUGUUAUCUCCCGCAGAUAUGCAAUUUUGUUGUCGUUGCAAUCUGCGACUUAAGUGCCGGCGUAAAAGUUUUUUCCAUGUUUUCAAUCACCUUGUUAUUUCUCAAUUCAUCGUUAAACCCUGUUAUUUACUGCUGGAAGAUGAGACACAUUCGACGCGCUGUCUUGGACAUGCUGCGAAAUGUCAUUCCAAACUGAUCACAGCUGGGUAAAGGCCUAACAUGCGAUUGUGGGUCUGUUGUCCGUUUUGAUUGGGGAAUAAUUUUCUUCGAAACUGGCUUGAAAAAGGCAUGAACACAGAUGCUAUUAAACUUUGCAGUGCAUUUUUCCGCAUGUAUUUUUUACAACUGCUAUGAUUCCCUGCAUGCAGAUCUCAUAAAGGCAACUGGCCAUUGUGUGUUCAACGCUUUCUAAGCCAUCGCCGCCAUCAUCUUGAACGGCAUCACAAUACAGGUGCUAGGAAAAACUUCCUCGUUACCAAGGCCUCUGAAAACAUUAAUUGCAUCUGGGUCUUACUGUCUCUGAUCUUGGUGUUGGUUUUCUUGUCGAGCCUUUCUACUUUGGGCUACCCGUCGAGUAGUUACAGCGAGACAAUUCAACUGAUGCUACAUGCACCACGUUUUACUUGAAUAUGGGCCUUUUUUCUGCAGCGUCAUUUUCAGCGAGUGAUAGCGUAGCCAGAAUGAGUUAUAGCAGUUAGUUGCGGAGGAAACACUUCACUCGUUCGGUCAGCAGUCGUUCGAUGGAUCGUAAACAAUUUUUUUAAUUCAUAACAGUUAGGUUAAAACAGCCGAUUGAUUGAUUAUUACCGCGGGCUUAAAUGAUUCGCACAGCGAGCUAUAGCGAGCGACUACAGAUUCAAAUGGCUGUUGUUUUCUGCUGGAAAUCACUCAAUUUGCUCACGAAAUGACUGUUUUACUGGCCAUGUUAUCUAUUCAUGGAUAUUUUGGAUGCUGGAUGGGUUUUUCUUUCUCACUUUCCACUGAGGUCAGGAGAUCG